AUGUCGUUUUUCGGUUUCGGGGGACGCCGAUCCGCUUACCAUGGCGGCGGCGGAAGGUUCGAGCAGACCUACCGCUGCUACCCGGCGUCCUCCGCCGCCAGGCCGCACCUGGAGGCCGGCGACAAGGUGAUCCUGCCGGCGUCCGCGCUCCACCGCCUGGCGUCCCUCCACAUCGAGUACCCCAUGCAAUUCGAGCUCCGCAGCUCAUCCGCCCCGCGGGCCUCGCACUGCGGCGUGCUGGAGUUCGUGGCCGACGAAGGCACGGUGGUGAUGCCGGGGUGGAUGAUGGAGAACCUGCGGCUCCAGGCGGGCGACGCCGUCCGCGUGCGGAGCGCCGCGCUCCCCAAGGGCACCUACGUCAAGCUGCGGCCGCACGCGGCCGCCUUCCUGGACGUCUCCAACCUCAAGGCCGUCCUGGAGAAGACGCUGCGGGCCUUCUCGUGCUUCACCACGGGGGACACCAUCGUGGUCGCCUACAACAACAGGAGCUACCUCAUCGACAUCGUCGAGACGAGGCCGGCGACGGCGGUCAGCAUCAUCGACACGGACUGCGAGGUGGACUUCGCGCCUCCGCUUGACGACAAGGAGACCGAGAAACCACAGCAACCUUCACCUGCUGAAGCUGGAGAAGACAAUAACGCUGAGGUUAAAGAUGAGCCUCCGGAGUUCAAACCGUUCACUGGUUCCGGGAUUGCAGCACGCUCUGGAGCACCUUCAGGUUCAAACGGAAGAGGAAAGCAGCAAACGUCUGCGGCACCGGUAGCUUCUGGAGCGAGCUGUUCAUCUGCUCGUCAGAAAACAGGAAAGCUUGUAUUUGGUUCGAGUGCCAGCAACACCAACAAAGAAGCACAGAAGGCUAAGGACGAGCCCAAGUUCCAAGCGUUCACGGGGAAGAGUUACUCCUUGAAAAAAUAG